GCAAAGUCUCGUAUUUAAAAUAAUACUUUGCAAGGUAAAAGCAACUUGUCAUUUCCCCGAAAGUUGCGACACGACGGUCAAAUCGCCAAAGUUCUUUUCCCGAGCGGUGUCAAUGGACCCGGCCCGGUGAUGGACGCGAACCCGAACUACGAUAAAAUACGUCCGUCCGUCGUGAUAACCGCAGUCGACGAUCGUAUGAUAACCGGAUCGCGAGAGACGACGACGUCCCUUUGAAUUCUGUGCAUCACACUUUCACACUGGUGUGAUGGCACAAGAAACUCGCACCGAUGAUGGCAUGUACAUAAAACAAGAGACCUCUAGUGUGAUACAUAAUGUUUGUUUCGUUUGUGGAAAUUCUGGACACCCCGAGCAGUAUUGGUUACGUGUACGACCGCCAUCCACCGGACCAUCUGAUGGCACUCCACAUUUUCCAUUUUUGGAAAUGCAUGAACCUCCACAAGGUUAUAGACAACCAUUGAACGCCAAGCAGGAUAGUGCGAUAACAAGUUGUUACUUGUGUUAUUCAUUGUUAAUUGGUCAAUGGGAUCGAUAUGAAAGAGAAAAUGUUCCAGCUAGACAACGCGUCUACUGGUUAAAACGCUGUGAUAAUGGUCCAUUUACUGGCGCUGAUCUCUCUACACAAGGGGAAUAUGCAUGCCAACUAUUGGGACUCAGUGUUGACUACACUAAUAGUCAUAAGGAUACAAUUAUGUCAUCUGCAAUGUCUCAAAUUACUGGAGAGGAUAGUCGAGGUGCUAGAAUACCACUUACAUCAAUUUCUACAUCAUCUGAUCACAUAGCACAAUUAAAUGGUUCAAAUCCAAUUAAUACAAAUACACCUCAUUCUAAUCCAGGAAGUUAUAGUAGUAGUAGUGGUACAGAUAUUUUAGAUCUAUCUAUGCCUGAUAAAAAUUCUUCUACUGAAGUUUGCUAUGUAUGUGGGGAAGAAUUCCGACGAGGUUCCUUAUCACAUGUGUCAGCUAAACCACCAGCAAAUGUUAAUCAAACUGAGCAACCGUUUUUUCCUAGCCUUAUGCUUCAUCCUAGACCUCCUCGUUCUAGGCCAAUGGAUAGUACAGGGCGUGUACAAACAUGUACUGCCUGUCAUGCUCACUUAUUAAAUCAGUGGCAGGUCUAUACGUCAAAAGGCAUUCCACACGGUGAAAGGAAUUAUAUUUUACGUAAGCGAUUAAUUCCAUCUAUAGAUACAUCUACAUUUAUUUGUUUUACUUGUUCACUCGAAUACCCUUCGUCUUCUAUGAGGUCGUUAUAUUGUUAUCCAAAUAAUAUCCGUGAACCUUAUUAUCCGUCAUUGACGAAAAUAAAAACUCCACCUGGUGCACUUCCUAUAUCUUCUCAAGGCACUGUUCAAGUUUGUGCGGUUUGUUUUAAAUCUGUACCUCAAAAACACCAAGUUACUAUGUUAAUGGAUUUACCUGUUGUUCCAUCACCUUCUCCGUCUCUUCAAUCAAUUAAAUCACCAGAUAUUCGUUUUCGGCCUUAUGAUAUAACAAAACCAAAUAAAUCACAAACACCAACACCGUCUGAAGCACAUCGUAGUACUCAUGCAGUUAGUUCUGAUGUAUCUGGUAAUGGAGGACCACUUCGUAUCAUGAGUGGUAAUAACUUUCGUUGUUAUGUAUGCUAUGAAAUGCAACAUCGUUCACAAUUAGAAUGGUUAUGCACAAAUGCAGAAGGAAUGAAUUCACAUGCUAUGCAUUUUCCUUGUCUUACACAAUUAUCAAGAUCAUCGGAAAAUUAUUGCGUUGAAUCCCAAGGUAGAGUAUUAGCCUGUUCUAAGUGUGUUCCACAGCUAUCUGCCCAAUGGAAUUCUAUGGAAGCCAACAGGGUCCCUUUAGAACAUAGGAGGUAUAACGUUCCUAGUUUGAAUGUUAAUGGUUUUAAUACUCAACAAAUAUCUAGUCGAAAUGAUGUUUCGUCCAUUUAUUGUUUCUUAUGCAACCAUCACUCAGAUUUAACUUAUGCCAGAGUUUUAUACAGCCGUCCACAAGGUCGAAAUGCACCAUAUUUCCCAUAUCUUUUAAAACACGAAACUACACAAGGUGCAGAACAAUUGCGUGAAGAUGGAUCUGCAUUAGUGUGUACAUUUUGUUAUCAUGCUUAUGUUGCCCAAUGGCGAGAUUAUGAAUCAAGUUCAGUACCUAUUCCACAGCAUGAAAGAAGUUAUAACCAUAAGGAAUAUGUAUGUUAUGUUUGUACACAAAGAGCUGGACGACGACAAAUUCGAUCACUUGCAGUUAAUGACUAUCCUUUUCUACGCUAUCAUCGUCAAAUUGACCAAGCAUUAUUAUUAGAAAAUGGAGAGUUUGCAGUUGUUUGUGUUGAAUGCUAUGAAACUAUACAUAUACAAGCUAUUGAAUAUGAACGAUUUGGUAUGCCAUUAGAUAAACAAAGUCUUCAAAAUACUAAUACAGUUAAGACGGUAAAGCAAGAAGACAAUUAUAGCCAACGAGGACCACAAAAUAUGACAGUUGAAAAAGCACAGGUUAAUCAGACUAAUAAAACUCAACGAAAAAAUGUUAAACAACAACAGCAACAAACUGCUGUUGACAGUACAAAACGGUCAAUGUUAAAUUCUAAUCAAUACAACUCCAAAACAGAUGCAGGUUUAGUUAAACCUCAACCAACAAGUUCAGGUUCAAAACGUACUUUAAUGCCAAAUCUUAUUGGACAAGCUCCACCACCACCAUCUCCUGGUGGUAGAUCAUUUGCUGCUGCUCUUAGAAAUUUAGCUAAACAAGCCGGACCCCCUUCUACUCAUUCCAAUGAUAAAGAAGGAAUUGAGUCCCAAGAAAAACACCAACAAGAAUCUUUGAAAGGACGAAUUGCACUUCCAGGCUGUAAUAAAACACAACCAGAUAAUGAAUCAAAAUCAACUGGUCUAAAUACUGAGCCUCGUAGUGGUUUUCAACCUUAUAAGCCUGAUGAACAAAGAACUAUGGUACCUACAUCAGCAUCUGCUCCUCCUCCUCAUUUUGCCGUUGACCCUGCCUCAUACUCACCUUACCAUCCUGCAAAUCUUUAUUCCCCACAUUUUCAACAUGCUUUUCGGAUUGAAGAACAAAUGUACCUUGAAAGAUGUGGAGUACCUUUGUUUCCUACUUCUGCAUAUCAUCCUCAUAAUAGUCCUCAUCCUUCAACUCUAUAUGGACUUCAUCAUAUACAGUCACCAUUAGUCAUGUCCCCAAAUAUAGUAGAUAGAAUGAAAAUGGAAGAAGACAGGCUACAAAGAGACAGAGAUAUGCAAGAGCGAGAAAAAAGAGACAAGGCAAAGCAACAACAGCGAGUUAAAAAUGUUCAUACUAUGGCAGCUGACCUUUCAGGAAGGCGUCAUUAAUGUCUAUACUUAGUCAUACAACUAAACCUCAAUUUGUAUGUCUUUCGUGUACAUCAUAAUGCCAAAUUCAUCAAAAAUAACAAAGUUACAGUUACCAAAAUCAAACCACCUAUGUAAUCAAGUGAUACCAUAUCAUAAUAACAACAAAUCAACAACCUUCGAAACUGUUCAAUUAUGUUUCUUCUUAUACUCCUGAAGUCAACUUCUAAUUCAUCCAAUGCUAUAUGACAACUCUUUUCAAAUUCAACAAGUCCUGAUUGAAAAUGCAUUUGAUAAUUAUCUACAAUCAACAGCAGUGGGAUCUUAACAAAACAUAAUACUUUUUUUUUCUCAAUAUGCUAGGAACAACACCUAUAGACCAACAGGCACAAGAUUGCUAGUUGAAUAAAUGUACGACCUUUGCAAUUGACAGAGAAAAUCAAGAAUUAAAUAUUUGGUGUUAAACAGUUAAAAUAUCAACUAAAAAUACUGAAUAUGAAGGAAAUGGCUUACCAACAGGAACAAUUUUAUUCUCUCAAAAACUAAUUUUUUGUAAAGUAUUACAUCCACAUAUAAAAAUUCUGUUCAAGUGUUCUUUUCAGUUAAAUCAUGCCACAAAUAAUGCCACUGAAUAUUCCCAAUUGCUCAAUAAGAAUUCUUUGUUUUUUCCAUGUAUUUGGCAUUUGAGCGAAUCGAACGACAUAAUCACAUCACCCCUAUUGAUUACAUUUUGUUUUACCAUUUUUUUUUUUAUAAUUUAGAGAAUAUUUUUUUUUUUAUACUAAUAGUAUCUAUACAAAUCGACUACUUAUUUAUUAAGUUAAGUAAUAUUAUUUAUAUCUGUACCAAUUAUGUACUAUUUAUAUAUACCAUAGA